GAGGCCAGAGGCCAGGCUGCUGUUAUUUACAACUUACUGAAGAUCUGGACAGAAGGGCCAGCUGAGAUAGUGGCAGGUUAUAAAAAUCGAAAGGGAUUUGAGCUAUAAGGUCCUCAAUGAUGGGGUUUUAAUUACAGCUUUAGCCCUGGGUGGUGCCAGGCCAGUCUCUAACUCCUAAAAACCUGCUUUGUCCAUUGCUUUGUCUGCCGAAGACUUGGCAAGCUAGAAUCUGCUUCCUGUUGGCUCAGCCUCAUAACUCUGAGAGCAGAGUGUCACUUGAGGCAGACAUGCCAUCAGGAGCUUGGGAAGAAAGGGUCUCCCUAUCCAGUAUGGACAGAAAAGUUGCCGUCCAUGAAGAUGGCUAUCCUGUGGUCUCUUGGGUCCCUGAGGAGGGAGAGAUGAUGGACCAGAAAGGCAAGGACCAGGUGAACGAUCGAGGCCAAUGGACCAACAAGAUGGAGUUUGUGCUGUCAGUGGCUGGGGAGAUCAUCGGGCUAGGCAAUGUCUGGAGGUUUCCCUAUCUCUGCUACAAGAACGGGGGAGGAGCGUUCUUCGUGCCCUACUUCAUCUUCUUCUUCAGCUGUGGCAUCCCAGUCUUCUUCCUGGAGGUGGCCCUGGGCCAGUACAGCAGCCAGGGGAGCGUUACUGCUUGGAGGAAGAUCUGUCCCCUCCUCCAAGGCAUAGGCAUGGCGUCGGUGGUCAUUGAGUCUUACUUGAACAUCUACUACAUCAUCAUCCUCGCCUGGGCCCUCUUCUACCUGUUCAGCUCCUUCACCUCCGAGCUGCCCUGGACAACCUGCAGCAACUCCUGGAACACAGAGCAUUGUGUGGACUUCCUGAACCACUCAGCAGCCACGGGAGUGAACCACUCUGAGAACGUCACCUCGCCUGUCAUGGAAUUCUGGGAGAGACGGGUUCUGGGUAUUACAUCGGGCAUCCAUGACCUGGGGUCCCUGCGCUGGGAGCUGGCCUUGUGUCUUUUGCUCGCCUGGAUCAUCUGCUACUUCUGCAUCUGGAAGGGGGUCAAGUCCACGGGCAAGGUUGUCUAUUUCACAGCCACUUUCCCCUACCUGAUGUUGAUUAUUCUCCUCAUCCGGGGUGUCACCCUUCCUGGAGCCUACCAGGGCAUCGUCUUCUACCUGAAGCCAGACUUGCUGCGCCUCAAGGACCCCCAGGUGUGGAUGGAUGCGGGCACCCAGAUCUUCUUCUCCUUUGCCAUCUGCCAGGGGUGCCUGACGGCCCUGGGCAGCUAUAACAAGUACCACAACAACUGCUACAGGGACUCCAUAGCCCUCUGCUUCCUGAACAGUGCUACCAGCUUCGUGGCUGGGUUUGUCGUCUUCUCCAUCCUGGGCUUCAUGUCUCAAGAGCAGGGGAUACCCAUUUCUGAAGUGGCCGAGUCAGGUCCUGGUCUGGCCUUCAUUGCCUUCCCCAAAGCUGUGACGAUGAUGCCUUUGUCCCAGCUAUGGUCCUGCCUUUUCUUCAUCAUGCUCCUGUUUCUAGGGCUGGACAGCCAGUUUGUCUGUAUGGAGUGCUUGGUGACCGCCUCCAUGGACAUGUUCCCCCAGCAGCUCCGGAAGGGCGGCCGGCGUGAGUUGCUGAUCCUGGGUGUUGCAAUUGUGUGCUACUUGAUGGGGCUCCUUCUGGUCACUGAGGGCGGGAUGUACAUCUUCCAGCUCUUUGACUACUACGCCUCCAGUGGCAUAUGCCUGCUCUUCCUGUCUUUGUUUGAGGUGGUCUGCAUCGGCUGGGUAUACGGGGCAGACCGUUUCUAUGACAACGUUGAGGACAUGAUUGGCUACCGGCCAUGGCCCUUGGUGAAGAUCUCCUGGCUCUUCCUGACCCCUGGUCUUUGCCUGGCCACAUUCAUCUUCUCCUUGAGCAAGUACACACCUCUCAAAUACAACAAUGUCUACGUGUACCCUUCUUGGGGAUACUCCAUUGGAUGGCUCUUGGCUUUCUCCUCCAUGGCCUGUGUCCCACUCUACAUCAUCAUCAGCCUUCUGCAGACCCAGGGUUCCUUCAAGAAGCGCCUUCAAAGACUCAUCACACCGGACCCCAGUCUGCCCCAGCCGGGGCGGCGUCCACCUCAGGAUGGCACUUCUGCUCAGAACUGUUCGCCCUCGCCAGCUAAGCGAGAACUCAUUGCCUGGGAGAAGGAGACACAUUUGUAGGACGUGCCAGAGGCCAGGUGGCUCCAGAGCCAGGGACCUGGUCCAGGCUACCUCCUCCCAGGGAUAACCUCCGCCUCCAGCUUGUUGAGACCAUGGAGGUCUCUGGACACCCCCUGCCAGGAGCCACUCUUCUGUUCAGUUGGAGCAGCUUGUCACUUCUCAAUCCUUCCCACCCGUGCUCCAGGAAGCUGUGUUUGCCGUGCACUUUGAACUCAAAACCCUGACUUUUUGGAUUAAAAACUGAGAACCAGACAAAGUGAUGUUUUCAAGUUCACACAGCUUGUCAGAGCCCGAGACCCUCCGCUACUCCUGUGCUGGGGCUUGUGAACCUCCGGACUCACCCCUGCCUCAGCUAACAAGCCUGUAUGGAUCACCUGCCACUGCACACGUGCCUCUUCCUUGUAUCCACUUCAGCUGUUUUGUGGGAGGGAGGUCACCUCUACGCAGGCGCUCUGGGAUGGGGAUGGACCUCGUUAAGUUCCUUUCUAGCCUCUACCUACCAGACGUCUCCCACCUUCUCUUCCUGGGUAGUAGGUCUGCAGGCAGGAACUGCCCUCUCCCCUCCCCCCAACAUACACAAUACACACACACACACACACACACACACACACACACACACACACACACACACACACAUGCACGCACGCGCGCACGCAUGCACGCACAUGCACACUUUCCUCUUUUCCCUACCUACUCUUCCUCUGGUCCCUUCCCAACCAUUUCUUCCCACUUGCCAACUCAUAUAACAUAGCCUCUGGCUUCUGAGGCUUCCAGGAAGGUAGGAGAUGGAUGAGUUCAUGGUGGGCUUUCAGAAGAGAAGGAAAGAGAGGGAAUAGGGCACCCAGGACACUGGGCACAGGACCCCACACCCAAGAAAGGAUGCAGAGAUAAGCAUCACCCAAAGACAAUGCCCAGUGGCUAGAGUAACAGUCCAUGGCCUGGCCAGUGUGGCUCUAUUCAGACAGCCUCCAGGCCGUCGUCCCGAGCAUCCUCAGGCCAUCCUCCGAGUAUCCUCACGUUCACCCAGCUCU